CAUCAACAACCCUUGUCAAGAUUACUUACUUUCCCUUCACCCUAUCAAGUCAAUCAUCUUUGCAUCAUGACGGCUCCCGCUUCCCCUCAGCCCAUUUAUCACGACACUACAAAAGGCAGGGCCCGGCGCAACUCUCGGCGCAGCUCGCAACGAAAGAGCCACACUUCUGGCGCGGGCUCAUACUUCGAAUCGCCUCGCAUUCCCUGCCCUCCUGAUGGUGAUGCUUUCAGUUACAAUCCCACUCAUCUUUCUGCUUGGUCUGCUCCGAACAAUCUCCUCGAAGACCUUCCCGACAAGCUUAAAGAAGCUUUGACGGCUGUCCAACACAGUGGUGCGGCAGUUCUGACAGGCUUCGACCGUCUCGAGGAUUACUCUCCGGGCCCAGAAGACGCCCCUGUGUCGGAAAAUCUCAACUCCCAUGACCUUUCUGACCUGAGCAAGCUCCCUUCCCCCAGGCUUCGCAUUCCCAGCGCCGCUAGUAGCAACAGUUCGUCCGACCUAGCUUCUCCAGUCUCUAUGGAGUCCUCGUUUCUGGGAUCCCCAGCCUUCGACUCGUCACAGAGCAUGACCUCUGUCUCGCCCAUCUGCUUGACCCCCUCGGACUCUGGCAUGUUUUGCAAGCGCGAGCUACCUCGUGACCGCUCCUUCACCCUGCCCACCGAACCCAACAACUCAUACUACCGCACUGAACUCUCUCACUUGCGCACCGAAGCCAUUCCUCGUCUUCGUCACGCCUCGAUCAAAGUCGACACCGAGUAUCAUGAGGCCAAACGUCUUGGCCACAUCCCUGUGGACCAUGUUAACGAUUUCGAGGCCUGGUGGUCCGAGCAGAAGUCAAAAAUUAAUGACCUCAACGAAAAGGGAAGAGGCCUUAGUAAUGCAAUCAGUCUUACACCUACUGGAUUGGGUUGGACUGCACCAUAG